AUGAUGAAAUUUAUAGAAAGUAAUGAUAAUUUAGAAUAAAUGUUUAUGAAAACAAAUAAUUGAAUUAAAUUUGUAUAUCAAUUUAUCUAUAAUAGUCGAUCUAAGCAGAAGGACUAAAACCUAAGUUCUUUAAGAGGAUUAGUUUAUAUGAAUACCUGGGGGUCAAAAAUUAGAUUAAAUCAUUUGUUUUUGAAUUAAAGGAAGGAAUUUUUUCACAAAAAUAGUAGAAGACUAUUUAUUUAGGGAGAAAUAAUAAAGUUAAUGAUGAAUAUCAUUUUCCAAUAAUCUAAAAUAAAUCGAGAAAGUUUAUAUUAAUAAGGCAUAAGACAUUCAUUUAUAUUAUUAGAGUAACGAAAAAUUAAAUGUAUUAAAUAGUUAAUCAAUAAAACUGUGAUUCUUAUGAAAUUAAUGGAAUGGUUACAGAUGAUCGAAAAUAUUUAGUCUAUUGAAGUAAAAACUAUUCAGUAUUUGAAUUAUUAAUCAUAUGAAUAUAUUACAAUGGUUUUUUCUCAUUAUGAUGGUACAUUUUAGUUUAGAAUGAUCUCUUUAUAUUUUAUUCAAAAUCAAAAAGGGAAAGUUUUUCUGUAAGUUCUUGAGCAUGAAGUAUAUAAUUUUGAAAAUAUAACAGAUCAUCAAAAUUUUGAUAUUUUUUUUAAUUUUAAACAAAAUAGUUUUAUUUCUUUAGAGCCCUUCUAAUGUUUAAUUCUUACAACUUUUAACUUUUCCUCCAUGGCUAAUGGUCGAAAAAGACACCUUCAUAUUUAGUUUUUUUUGGAUAAUAAUUAUCAAAUAAUUGUAAUUUUUAAAAAGGAAUCUAUAACUAUUUUGGUGAAAUUAUAAUAUAGAAAUAAAUAUAAUUUUGAAGUUAAGCUAUUCUUCGAGAAAUAUCUUCUUUUACUUCUGAACAAUCUUUAUGAUGGUGUUCUGUUGUUUAGAUUCUAAAAGUGGGUGGAUUUUUCUCUAUUGAACCUCCAGUCUGUUUAGAAGAAUAUAUCCUAUCAAAAAAUAUUAUUUAAAAUUACACAAUAAAUUUUUAUUAACCAAUCCGUCAUCAAAAGGCAGAAAACUAUUAAAAUAAAAAAUGCUUUAACUUUAUAAAUCCUUACUAAAAGUAUGAUCUCUUAUAAAAUUGCCAUAUUGUAAAACUCUAACAAAAUAUAUAUACCAUCCGCUUUAUUUGAUGAUUAAGUAUUCUAAAAUGUCUUAUUAUUUUUUUCUUGCAUUUCAUCUUUGAAUUUGAAAUCAAAAUGGAUCAAUUGUGAAAGCUGA